CCGACCACCAUCACUCUCCCAAUUUAGGCAUUAUACUUCCCUCCUGGCCUUCCGAGGUGCUCAUCCAUCGUUUGCCACACAGUGACAGAGCGGGCGACCCAGCCAAUUUCGGUGGCGGAGACCAUUUUCAUAUAAACCCCCCUCUCUCUCUCUCCGAGGGCUUUUGUGUCCCGCUCUUGGGCUAUUAUUAAGCUUCUCCAUCUUCUGGAAGCUUCCUCUAGUUGAUCUCUUGGCUUAGGUUCAGUGUGGUCUGAGAAGAAUGGGAAGUAAUAGUGCUGAACACAUUCCCAUGUGCGAGCAAAUUGAAGGGUCUGAAACUACUGUUGAGAUAAAAAUAAAAACAUUGGAUUCACAAACCUAUACUCUCAGGGUGGAUAAACAGAUGCCAGUUCCUGCCUUGAAAGAGCAGAUUGCCUCUGUCACUGGUGUACUAUCCGAGCAACAACGACUAAUAUGCCGAGGAAAAGUUCUAAAGGAUGAUCAGCUUCUCUCUGCCUAUCAUGUUGAAGAUGGUCACACCUUACAUUUGGUUGUCAGGCAACCUGUCCCACCCUCAUCCGAGGGAUUACCAAAUCAUCCAGGAACUGAUCCGGCUUCAAGUACAAGCCGUGGUCAGCAUCAAGUUGCCCCUGGUGUGGUUAUUGAAACUUUCAGCAUGCCUGUUCAAGGGGAUGGUUUUCCACCAGAAAUCAGUCGGAUCAUCUCUGCCAUUCUCGGCUCUAUAGGAUUACCAAAUAUUUCAGGUGGCAGUGAAGGGAUUGAAGUCAGGGAACAUGGGCCACAGAGGCCAGAAAGGACACCAGGUUUGAGUGGUAUGUUUGAUUUUUCCCAAUUUCAGUCUGAACAAGCUGGCUCAAGGGGUCCCUCUGAUAGAUCAAAUGGGACUUUUGGUCAUCCAGCAGAAUUUUCUUUGGGGACUCUACCACCCCUGGUAAUUCCUGAUUCAUUGACUACUUUAUCCCAAUAUCUCAGUCAUCUGAGGCGUGAAUUUGAGGCCAUUGCCAGAGAUGGGGGAAGGGGUCAAACAGCUGCUACUCUUAGGACUGAAGAAAGUUCCAAUGCCUCAUCACAUACAGGGGCAAGGCAAGAGGGGCUCCCCUCACCUGCAUCGUUGGCAGAAGUCAUGCGUUCUACUCGACUACUACUCCUUGAACAAGUUGGAGAAUCCCUACUUCAAUUUGCAAGCCAACUGGAGAAUCAAGUGAAUGUGACUGAUCCAUCAGCAAGGUUCAGUGCCCAAUCUAGUGCGUCAAGAACUGGAGCUUUGUUUCACAACCUUGGCGCCUUUUUACUUGAACUUGGUCGUACAACCAUGACAUUGCAACUGGGUCAAACACCGUCUGACGCGGUGGUUAAUGCUGGACCUGCAGUUUUCAUAUCCCCGACUGGCCCUAAUCCGAUAAUGGUUCAGCCGCUUCCUUUUCAAUCAGGAAUGAGCUUUGGUGCCAUCCCCAUGGGAGCUGUGCAGCCUGGUUCUGGUCUUGUUAAUGGACUUGGUACUGGUUUUGUUCCAAGGCGUAUUGAUAUACAAAUACGAAGAGGUUCAUCAGCAACAACGCCCAAUGUCACUCGGGAGGAACAUGGGGAUACUCAGCAGCCUUCAGGGCAAAGAAACCCAGCAAGCUCUGGUGGUGAAAAUCCUACUAAUCAAGCUACUUCAAGGGUCUCAGAUGGUCCAGCUUUUGCUGGAGAUUCAACUGUACGCAUAGUGCCAAUUAGGACCAUGGUUGCAGCAGUACCUGCACCUCUCAGUCGCCUACCAUCUGAUUCUACUGGUAAUUCGAUAGGGUUAUACUAUCCAUUACUUGGAAGGCUUCAACAUGUAGCUUCUGGACAUGUGAGUGGUGAACGAGGAACUCUAGCUUCUGGAGAUCGUCCUCCUGCCGGUCUCCAUGCUGAUCAGCAAUCUUCGGAGCAAAACAUUGGAGGUCCUGCAAGAGAGGGAUCAACCCCCAAUUUAAGGCAGGAGCCAUCUAUUGCACGGAGUGUCAGUGUCAACAUUUUAUCAGCUGGAGGAACCCAAAACAACCAAGAAUCUGAGAGACAGAUCCCAAGCGGCAUUUUACAGUUUAUAAGGAACCUCUUUCCUGGUGGUGAAAUUCACGUAGAAGAUGGCAGUGCAGAGGGAUUGACUACAGGUUCUGUAUCAGAUCAGGCAAGGACAUCGAGUGGUGUUGUGGGUGCACAAGAAGCCGAACUGAGGGUUACCGAUGAAGGACUAUUUUUGUCUAAUUUGCUUCAUCAAAUCAUGCCAUUCAUAUCUCAAGCAUCAGGGGGAGAGCCAGGUCUUGUACCUACAGCGGUGGAAAAUUCUUCUGAGCACAGAAUGGCCCAAGAUUCUUCCACCAGGGCUGAGAACUCCAAUGUUGGGACAUCCCGUCGGCGGAGUGAUUGCGAACCAAAUCCUCCUAGUUCAAAACGUCAAAAGAUGGAGUGAGUUAUGAUUAGAGGGUUUAAGCACUGGCAUUGGUAUCCAUGGUCUGGAAAAAGUGAAGAGUUUUCUUGAGUAAAGUCGUUGAAAUAUAAAUCUUUGUUUUUCACCUCAAAGCGAGAGACUCUGUAAAAUUUAUCGAGUUCCUGUUGAGACAUAGUUUUGAUGAUCCCUAUAAUAUUAGUGUUUAUUACAUUCCUUGAAUUACAUAAAGCCUGAAUUUCACAUGGAACACGUGAUCAAUCUUAUCGGAUAAUUGGUAGAGGAGCAGGGUGAA